AUGGCGGCAGGGUUGGUUUUUGUCAAAGUUGUUUUGUUGUGUACAUUUGCAACCCUGACGAGGACACAAAGUAACAGGACAGUCUUUUCACCAUCCUCAUCCUCAGGUAACUCACACGAAAGCGUUUUGGAUCGGUGUUUUCAAAAAUGCGCGAGUUUAUUAUGCGUGAUUUCUGUUCCUGCAUUAGCAUGUCAACUCAUAGACAAACAUAUGCAUUUGUCUUGUCAUGUACGUGUGGAAUUUACAGAAACCGGUCGUUUCGCCAAUGGUCAUUUCGCAAACGUCUCUGGUCAGUUUUCAAACGUGUAGAAGUCAGUUCACAAACGUCCAGCAGUCACUUCGCAAACGUUAUUUACAUGUCAACCUGUGUUUUAACAAAACGGUUCAGAAUACGGUCAGUGUAAAACGUAGACUGCGGACUGCGGACUGCAGACUGCGGACCAGGGGUAAAAUGCAGACUGAGUGUAAAAUGCAGACUGCAGACUGAGGGUAAAACACAGGUUGCGGUAAAAUGCAGACCGAGCAUAAACUGUAGUCUUGAAAGGGUUUAAGGGCAAAAAAAUCCCCUAAAAUACAUGUAAACAAACACUUACUUGACGACAUCUGCUUUCACAAAUCCAUUCCUUUCUUCUCUGGAACGUCGUCGACAACCUGAAAGCAUAAUCGCAAUCUUGAACCUUUUUUUCCGUCCGAGAGACUUCACGCUUCAACUUCAGAUGUGAAGUUUUCGAUGUACGUGACCAGGGACCGUGAACUGGUACACCACGAUGUUUACGCCUAAAUGAAAGCUGCUGACCCAAAAUACUGUACAGGAAGAAUUAUGGCGAUACAAAGGGAGUAAAUCAUUCCAACAACAAAGAAAGAUGUUCUGCAGGAAAUUUGGAUGACCUUCUAUGAAAGUAUUGCAAAUCAAGGUACGCAGACUUAAGCUGUUCUGAUGUUCAUUGAAACUUCUGGCGAAUGUGCAAUUCACUUCGAUUAGGAAGCGAAGUGUGUAACUGAUACCGGCUACCUAUUUCACCAAUUUGGAGAAGAAGGAGCACAAAUGUUUAAAAAAGUCUACCGUCUUUAUUCUGCAUUUUGCACCCAGCCUGCGUUUUACUCUCAGUCUGCAGUCUGCAUUGUACACUCAGUCUGCAUUUUACCCCUGGUCCGCAGUCUGCAGUCUGCAGUCCACAGUCUGCGUUUUACACUGACCGGUUCAGAAUACUAUAUUUUGCGUAAAUUAUUGGGUGUGAAAUUUCACAUUACAAACAUUUACAUGACAACUAUACGAUUUAGAAUACUACAUUACAUGUUGUAUGUGUAAAUUAUUGGGUGUGAAGUCUCACAGCUGAUUUCAUGCUAAAGAAUAUUUCAUAAUCAAAUGGGCAGUGGAAGACUCACCACACUGACUACAAGCUGAUUGGAUACAAACAGACCGCCAUUUUGAAGUUGCUUUAUUCAAACCCAGUCCUUUAGGAUGAUUGUUCAUUCCACUCGUGCACAUGUGUGUGGUUUGGCACGAGUUUUGUUUCAUACAGCUUACCUCAUAGAAAGCACGCACAUGCUAUUGUUAUAUUAAUAAGAAUUAGUUGUCACCUAUUUAGUGGAAAACGACAAAUCAGUGGUGCCGUAUCUAAUCAACUACCAAUCACAUUGCUGUUAUUUUGAUCUGCUGCCACUGGGCACUACAGUAUAAAAAGGGCUGCGAAUUCUGUUCAUUUCAUUCAACGUACAGAUGUACCUUCUCGAUAUAGUCAUUCGACAACUUGUCACUCUGUGUCACUCGGAUCGCCCACAUGUCCCCGCAUGUAAUAAAGUAUAUUGUAAUUUAAAUGAAUUGGUUAAGUUAAUAGUAGUUGAUGCCGCUUGUUUUUUUUGCUCAGAAUUUGAAAAUGUCUGUAUUGGGGGGGCUGUCACUUGAACAGCCCACACUUCCCUGCAUGUAAUCCAUUUUAAGUGUAAGCAAUAAAUAUGUUUGUGUAUUACAGCAACUUUGUUUAAACAUUCCUGUAACAGCUUAGACUUGCUCACAAGUCGAGCUCAAAAUUUCCUCGAUGGCAAAACACGAGCGGGAGAUAUUUUACAUUUUUCUGUGGCCAAAACGAGCGAUAGGGUGGAAGGUACAGUGUACUACCGCAACUGGAAAUGGGAAGUGAAAGACAUCGAGACUUUCAAUGUAUGACACUUAGCAACCAUGUUAAUAUUUUUAACUAUUCUCGGUCAUAAUAGUUAUGGACCUUCCUUCAAAGAGGCUUCUUUGCACCCCAUCUUUACUGUGCUUCAACUUCAGCAACAACAAAAACAAGAGUUUGCACAGAUAAUUCAAAAGUGUUCGCUGUGCUUGUUAAAAGUUAUCUUUAAUUUAGCCCUUGGCUUUGAAUGCAGUAAAAUUUAGACUUAAAUCACUGGUUGAAUAAUAGGUUGUACAUGUGAUUUGACUGGCAAUGGAUGUGAUGUGAACUGCUGUUGUGAUCCUGAUUGUACCAGUGCAGAUCAACAGGCAUUUACAGAAUGCAAGGAUACAGAUACAAAGUAGGUUUCAUUUCCAUAUCUUUAGAGUUCUUGUUUUGUGAGACAUUGUACUUAAUAAUUACAUUGUACCUGUACCAUCUACAUAAUUAUGUAUGUAUACUUAGAUAAAGUUGUGUGGAGAAGAAAAAUAUUUUUUAAUUUACAAGUAGGUCCAUCAAGGUUUUGCUCUUUUGAGUCCAGCUAGAGGUAGUUUAUUAUGACAUAUCACAAUUGCAUAUUGCUGAAAGCCAGAAAUUGUCUUUCCUUUUUCGGGAUUACCUUUAGGUUAAAUCGCUCCAAAUCUAUGUUUCAGCUGGUUUAAUUGGCCUUCCUCGAGAAAAUUAAGAAAAAAAGUCAAUGUAGCCUACUGGCAUUCUUGUUGAGGCUAUUAGUGACAGCCCUGGAAAAGGAAAAAAAGCAUUUUGUGGCAAGUGGUUUUGGGAACAAAGUUCAUGGGUGCAGUUGUAGUUUUAAAAUUAUGUAGAUGCACUUAGAUGCACCCUACAGCUGUAUAUUUGGUUUGAUCGAGUUUAAAUCUCCAUGUGAGGUUUUUUGUACCUUUUUCACUUUUGGCUUUACCUUGCAGCCAUGAUGACCGUGUUUGUCUCUCCAAUGCAGCCCUCUUCACCUUCAGACAAAACACACAAUUUAAGACAGAAACUACUGGUUCUGGCCUCUUCUGUAUUAUUAGGGAUAACUGUAAGUUGUGAAAUAUUUCCUCAAUUAAAUGGCUCUUUCAUUACAGUUGACUCCCGAUAACCUGACCCUCGCAAACUCAAACCUCACGCUAACUUGAACCAAAGUUGAUUUCCCCCUGGGUUUCCUUCAUACAUUUACAUUUACUGUAAUUUUACCCUCGGUAACCAGAAAACUUGAUAACUCGAAUUAAUUUUUGUUUCCCUCAUACAAUUUCUAUAUAAUUAUUUUUACCCUUGAUAAUUUGAACCAUGUUUUAAGCUUGUGACAAGUUGCAAAAAAAAUAACAGUGUACAGAAUUCCGAAUCAUUGACUUUAUUUAUAAACAACAGUCUUAAUUCUUUGUUACGUUUAGGUCAACCUAGUUCAAAUUCAUUGUAACCAACCCUGUAUAGUUAUAGCAGAGCUCCACCCACGCGCGCGAGCAGAGCCCCAUAGCUAAGUAAAUUUGGUUACCUAUCCAUCCAAAAAAAUUUGGUAGUCACCUGACCAUACGCGCGUCUACCCUUCCGUCUGCACCACAGGCUCACCAAUAUAAAAAUAACUCAAUCAUCAGGUAUGGAAACCCAAAUACAGCUCAGGGUUUUAUUUGGAAGGAAAUUGCUCGAAUCUGCGUUUUGUUUUUUUCUUGCCUGUAUGAAUUUUGAAAAAGGGUUUUGUGAUUCUCUUUUUGCAACAACCAUGUUUCCUGCCUCUAUCCAUUAACAUCAUUAUAUCAGAACAUCUGAGGGGCAACUUUGCCUUUUACACCUGGCAUUUAUUUGGACUUGCAGCAUCAAUUUAAUUGAGAAAGAAAUUGUUUAGUAUACAAUGUACUGUUCGGUAUUUAAUACAUGAUGAUCCCUGUAUUGCAUACUAUAUGUCAGGUGCAUUUAUUUCAACCAAACCACCUUGUUAUCUACUUUGCAAGCUCACUUGUUAUAGAAUAGAUGUGUGUCUUCUUUGCUCAAGCAAGGAAAACGUCUAUAAGUAUAAUUUACAGGAAAGGAAGAUAUUAUUCACUUACUACAUACUGCGUAUCCUUAAACAAAUUGCAUCAGUGUUCUGUGUACAAUAAACAUGUAGUUCAAGGCUGAAUUAAUUGGAUUAAUGGAGAAAACAUCGCGUGUCACUUACAUGUAAUGAAUUUACAUGUUGGUAUUGUACAUUGAAAGUAAUAUAAUAUUAUGGUUUUCUUCAAGCACAAAUGAGAACAUGCCCAUUUUUUCUUGUUAGCUUGUUACUGAUUCAUUUACAGUGUUAAUUUGCAGUAUUCAUUCACGUAUCUGAGCGGGUACAUUGUUGUUCUCUAGGUGUCAGGGUUUUCAAUCCUUUUAUGCUUUGAUAAAUUGAUGCAAGAUGACCACUCACGCUAGGUGAUAGAACUUUAUAAUUUUCGUGUUUCACUCUGACACAGAUGGAGGACCAUAGAUUCUUAUGAAACUAACCCUUCUUUUAAUUUGUGAUCUAUCAGAUGAAUCUCGUAACUUCUAUAAUGAUGUUCAGACUGCCAGUACAAGUGAGGAGUUCUCCAAUCUCAAAAGUCAGUCAGUAUCAGCUGUGUAUGAUUAUCGCAGUGAAGGCACAGGCCAGACAACUGCAGCUUCAUCAUAUAAGGUGAUUACACUUGCAUGUAUUACUCAGACACAUAUUCAAAUUUUAGCACCAAACAAAGGGUGGGGUGGGUGCCUAUAAUAAAAGGGCUACAAGUAAGUGAUUGGCUACUACCUUCUGUAAUUCUAUCAACUGUUCACUUUAGUGUUAUAAUUGGAUGGAGUUUUGUUAUAAUCUGAACAAUCAAGGUGUGUUUUUUAACUUUAAUAAAUACUCUGGAUAUCAGAAAAAAUGAAUGUAAUAAUCAAAUUGUUUUAGUUUAUACAAAGUUAUUGCAAAAUGCAUUGCCAUUCAGAAACACAGUUUAUUACAUUUGUCCUUUUCCAAAUAGAUUAAAAAAACGGAAAAGUGGAGAUUGCUCUUAAAAUAUCAUGCAUUGCAUAAAUGUCACCUACAAAUGUACAUCGGCUGCGAUAGGCACUGAAAAAAAAAGCAGAUAGUGAGUAAAGUGUGCAAAUUAUUGAAUAGUGAUGUAAGAUACGAGCUUUGACAAACAUUUUGUUUAUUUGACUGCGAACAAAUGAUGGUGUUACAUUUUCUGUACUUUACAUUAGCAACAUUUUGGCCGAUAAUGUCUGUAUUAAUGAAACAGAAUAGCAAAUGCACUUGUAACAGUACCUUCUCAUGAACAGAUUGUCUCAGGUAACUGUACAGGUAUACCUGUAACAGAAAGCUAUAGUGUUACAUUUACAGUAGAUCACUGGUACAGUAUACAAUGUCCUUGUACUUGUAUCAUCUUGUAGUAGAUACCAAUACACAGUACAAGUACAACUGUAUCCAUUGGAAGCUUGUUUUGCAAUCCCACUGGUUCUAAAAAUGCUUUUUAUUUUCCUUUUGACUAGGCCUGUCACUAAGAUUUCAAGUUUGUGUAUGCAAAAAUUAGGCAAGAAGUUGAACAGCUGCUAAGUUCUUUAUGUUCUAUUUUCCUUUUGUUUCUUUUCAAAUUAGCAGCUGGUUGUGCUCACGGCUAAAACCCAGUCCCUGGCCCUUAGUGAAAGCCCUUCCUUCAUUCCCUUUGUACUACAGUAACUAUGUCUUGUUGGUGAACGUCUUUUUUCAUUAAUUUCAGGUGGGUGAUCCAGUGCUUCUUUGUUUAACAAUGGUGCAAAAGGAUUCCCUGUCUUUUUUCAAGCCACUGUUUGGAAGUGAAUGUAAUGACAACAACCGGCAGGUGUGUACAGAGUUAUUCCUUUUGUUUUAAACACCAUCUCUCAUUAUUAAUAACUACAUGUAUAAUCAGAUAUUGAGGAAUGCAGUGGUUUAAAAUACAGCUGUAUAUUGUAACAGCGGGCUUGAAAAAAAUAAAAUAAAUAAAUAAAUUCAAGCACUUCCUCUGUAAGUAGCUCACACAUUUUGCAUGCCUGGGGCAACCACUUUCUUGUUUUAGUUAACCCUUUAAAACCCAAGAUCAAAAUUUGAAUUCUCAUUUGUUGCCCCAUUCGCUUCCUACAGAAUUAGUGGGAAGAAGUUGAUAAAAUAUCAAUCAAAUUCAUCUUGUGUGACCAUGUCCGUAAUUUCAUGACUAAUUUGUCUUAGAGAGCAUAGAUAUUACAAGGAGAAAUUUGAUGCUGAUCACUGUUAGGGCUUUUAAUGAUUUAAUUGCAAUUGAUGAUGACUUGCCUGACCCUCACCCAUCGAGCAAGUAACCUUUUAAAGUUACUGGCCCAGCAAAAAAAAUUUUCAAGCUCUGACCAGCAGGUGGUGAAGAUACACCUUUCAUGAUCAUUGAGAGGAGUGUAAACCUUUCAUAAGGCCUCAACUGCUGUUUAAUAGACCUUUUCACCGCUUUUUGUCAACCGCUGACAUGGACAAGUUCAAGAAAAUCUGUUGACAUCACUGAAAAGAGCCUCUUAAAAUUAGUAAAAUUGCCAAGUUUGAAAAAAGAUUUGUUGAAAGCUAAUGAAGAUACAGCUCCUCAAAGUUGCAAAAUUUUACAGACAUUUGUAUGGCUCAUUAAUUUUAUUUGUCAGGAUAUCGCAUAA